AUGGACAGUGCGUGGCAAAGCUGUCACUGGCCAAGAGUGGUGCGGUGUAAGGUUUCCUUUGACAGUUUGGGAGUUUUCACGGGGUGCUUUGUUGUGUCGAAGAGCAAACCCGAAAGCAGGAUGAUGUGGUGUUUGUUUCGUUUCAGUGGAAAGCUGGUUUCACCGAAAUGGAAGAAUUUUAAAGGCUUAAAACUGCAGUGGAGAGAUAAAAUCCGUCUCAACAACGCCAUCUGGAGGGCAUGGUACAUGCAGUACCUGGAGAAGCGCAAGAAUCCCGUGUGCCACUUUGUGACUCCGCUGGACGGCUCCGUGGAUGUGGAUGAACAUCGCCGGCCAGAGGCCAUUGCAACAGAAGGGAAGUACUGGAAACGAAGAAUUGAAAUAGUCAUCAGGGAAUACCACAAGUGGAGAACGUACUUCAAGAAAAGGUUACAGAAACAUAAAGAUGAAGAUCUUUCAAGUUUGGUCAGGGAUGAUGAUGUGGUUCUCUGGCAAAAAAGAAGGUAUGGCAGAGAAACCCCUGUCCCUAUGGAAGAAGACAGCCUCUUGGAUGCAGAUAUGCUCAUGUCCGAGUUCACUGACACACUGUUCUCCACAUUGUCUUCACAUCAGCUGGUUUCCUGGCCAAAUUCCAGGGACAUAGCACACUUAGGAAAUGCUGACAUGAUUCAACCAGGGCUUAUACCUCUCCAGCCAAACUUUGAUUUUAUGGAUACUUUUGAGCCUUUUCAGGAUUUAUUCACACCCAGUCGUUCCAGUAAUUAUUUCCCUUCUGUGUCUGCUGUGAGCUCAGCUACCACAGACAGUAGCAGCCAUUCUUCCCAGUCUCCUGUCCUGCCGUCGGGUUCAUUGCCCAACACGCUUCCAGCAGGGAACAUCAGUGAUGGACUCAUUACUUCCUCAGUACCUGCUCCUGUCAUUCCUGAUGUUGGCACUGACCAGUGUGCCAACAUUAAAAGCGAGGGAUCUUUCAUCCAGCCAGCAGACUACACUCCCGACUCGUCUCUCAGCGGGCAACAGACUUUUAUGCCAGUGUUUCAGACACCGCUGCCACUGCUUCAGCCUGCAACGCAACAGCACCAGUCCCCGUUGCCUGCAGUGCCUCUGAAUUCCAGCUUAAGCUCUCCACCAGCUCCAUUUGCUGCACCAGAAACCCAGAAGUUUGGCCUCUGUGAGAAUACAGUUAUCACCCACACAGCUUCUGCAACGCUGACCCACAACGCCCCUGCCACCACCUUCAGCCAGAGCCAGAACCUUCUCCUGGCCACGCAGCAGCCGGGUGCAGGAGUGCCUUGCAACAUGGCUUUCCAGACUGCUGUCCUGCAGGGGCAGCCCUGGCCCCAGCUGCAAUCCCAAAUGACAUUUGCACUCCUCAAAGCUGUUCCUCUGACCAGUGCUGGGACAAGGCCCAAACAGUCAAAAAUAGUGCCUGCUCCGAAGCCUGAAAAUGUGUCCUUAUUGUUAAAGAAUGCCUUCAUCACCCCAGCUGCCUUUCAAGGACAGUCCAGAGCUGUGAUUGUAACUCCAGCACCUUUAAAAAGAGAGGGGAUUUUGACGCCAGCCACGUCUCAGUCUAAUGUUGCAAUUGCACCAGCUGGAAUUGUCAGAGCUCCCGGGGUGACGGAGUUCCGUAGUAACAUUCUGGUUGGUCCAGCACAGCGAGCACCAAGUAGUCAACAAACCCAGUCCACAGUCUCACAUCUCUUCUCUCCUAGUGUAGUCCAGGAUGCGUUGGUGAAAGGAGAGCAAAUCCCUUCCCACAGUAGCAGUUCACAAGUUCCCUCACCUACAUCUAGCCGAGACUGUCAGAAUUCAGGCCAAGCCUCCCCCUGCACCUCUGAGCAGAGCCCCAGUCCACAGUCUCCCCAGAACAACUGCUCAGGAAAACCUGCCACCAACCCUAAUAUGGCUGCAUUUAAGAAUCGAAGAAUGAAGCACAUUUCAGAACAAAAACGAAGGUCUAAUAUCAAGAUUGGUUUCAGUACUCUCAACAGCUUGGUUUCAACCAACUCCAAGUCAGUAA